AUGCUUCAGUGUGCCAGCUGUGAAAAGCCUAUUCUCGAUAGGUUCCUGCUCAAAGUUCUGGACAGACCCUGGCACAUCAAGUGUGUCCAGUGCUGCGAAUGCAAGUGCACUUUGACGGAAAAAUGUUUUUCACGAGAGGGGAAACUGUACUGUAAGAAUGACUUCUUCAGGAGAUUUGGGACCAAGUGUGACGGGUGCGCCCAGGGGAUCUUACCCAGUGAUCUGGUCCGCAGGGCCAAGAGCAAAGUGUUUCACCUGAACUGUUUCACCUGUGUGAUGUGUAACAAACAGCUGUCCACCGGAGAGGAACUGUACAUCCUGGACGAAUUCAAGUUCGUCUGUAAAGAGGACUAUCAAAACAACAAUGGGAAAGACACAAUCGUCCUCUCAGUCACGGCGUGCAGCGACCAAAGCAUGUCCCCAGACUCCCAGGACCCGCAGGACGACGGGAAGGACUCGGAAACCGGACAUUUAUCCGACAAAGACGUGUGCAGCAACGAGAACGACGAGCAGAGUGCCGUCGGGAAGCGACGCGGGCCCAGGACCACCAUCAAAGCCAAGCAGCUGGAGACCUUAAAGGCGGCGUUCGCGGCCACCCCGAAACCCACCAGACACAUCAGGGAGCAGCUGUCACGAGAGACCGGCCUCAACAUGAGAGUCAUCCAGGUUUGGUUCCAAAAUCGGAGGUCCAAAGAGAGACGCAUGAAGCAGCUGAGCGCUCUGAGCGGCCGGAGACACGUGUUUUUCCGCGGCCAGAGGAGGAUGAGAGCGCUGGGGGAGAGGUUGGAGCCAGAGGAGCUCGGACACUUCUCAUAUUAUGGAGAUUAUCCUGGUGAAUAUUACGGCUCGGGAGGGAAUUAUGAGUACUUCCAAGGCCCGCCAUCGUCCCAGGCUCAGACUCCAGCGGACUUAGGCUUUGUGCCCGCCUCCGUCCCUGCUGGCACUCCGUUGAGAGUCUUAGACCACCACCAUCCGGGGCACCACUGUCCCGGAGAGCUGCAGUGUUUCUCUGACACAGUCUCCCACCAUCCCGCGGACUCGCCCAGCCCAGAGCCCAACAUGCCGGGCUCGAUGCACAGCAUCUCCAGUGAGAUGUGCGGCCCCGGCACACCCUACACCACUGUGUCUCUCAGUGACAACGGAUACACCAACCAGCUGUCUCAACCCUCCUCAGAAAUGAGCGAAGGCACUGUCUGGUAA